AUGAAGUCGAAUGUGUUGUGGUCAUUUCUUUACUUGCUUGGAAUAUGCUUAUUGAUGGCAGAAGGACGGUUGCAAAAGAAAAUGGCUCGGAAGCUUUACGCACGCGGACUCGCCCUCCUUCAAAAGGGUGAACCUUCAGAUUUGAUGAAGAGGAAAGUGUACUAUGGCCAUGAUGGUCUUUAUGGAGCUUGUGAAAAGAACUAUUGUGGCCGUGGGCAACAGUGUAUCGUAAGUAAAGAGACUGAGCUGCCAGAGUGUGUGUGCAUACAUCAAUGCAAGCCCAAUUAUGUACCGGUUUGUGGCUCUGAUGGGAAGUUUUAUGAGAAUCACUGCGAACUGCAUCGUACUGCCUGCCAACAGAGGAAGAGAAUCCACAUUGUAGACAACAAAGAGUGUUUCUUCCAAGGUGGGCGGUGUAAAUUGGCAGACUACAGCAGAUUGAAAAGCAUGUUGCUGGACCUACAGAGUCGAAGGUAUUUCCAAGAAGAAAAUAUUACAAUGGAGACAACAACACUGAAGAGAGUUUUGGUGGAGAAUAUGUUCAAGUACUUUGACACUAGUGGGGAUGGACUUAUAGACAACAGUGAACUGGCACAGGCAAUGACACAAGAUACGCUUGAUAAUGACCCAUUUGACUGCAAUCUAUUUGAUCUUCUUCAGUACGAUGAUUACAAUAAUGACAGGGUGUUGACAUUAGAGGAACUCUACACAGCAUUCCAGGUUGUUCAGCUGAUUCUCCCUGAAGAUAAGAAGAUCGGUGUAACCACAGUAACAGUGGGACUGAGUGCUGUCUUAUCAUGUGCUAUUCAGGGCAUCUUGAGACCACCAAUCAUCUGGAAGCACAAUGGGAUCAUUUUAAAUUUCUUGGAUCUAGAAGAUAUCAAUGAUUUUGGGGAUGAUGGCUCUCUUUACAUUACUAAAGUUACAACAAUCCAUAUGGGAAAUUAUACCUGUCAUGCUUUUGGCUAUGAUGAGCUUCUCCAGACCCACAUCCUGCAGGUGAAUGUUCCUCCAGUAAUCAGAGUAUAUCCCGAAAGCCAGGCACAAGAACCUGGUGUGAGUACCAGUUUAAAAUGUCAUGCUGAUGGAAUUCCUAACCCCAAAAUUACCUGGCUGAAGAAUGGUCUAGAUAUUACUUCAACAUUACCUAACCAACUGGUGCUAUUAGCAAAUGGAGGUGAAAUUCACAUUAACAGUGUGCGUUAUGAAGAUACAGGGGCAUACACUUGCAUUGCAAAGAACGAUGCAGGAGUUGAUGAAGACAUCUCGUCGCUUUUUGUCGAAGAUUCAGCUCGAAAGACUCGACUUAGUGUUGGAAAUAUGUUCUAUAUAUUCUCUGACGAUGGAAUCACAAUAAUUCAGCCCACAGGAUGUGAGAUUCAAAGACAGAUCAAAGCUAAUGACCAGAUCCUUGCAAGCUUUGAAAAGAUUUGUCCCAGCAAUGAACAGAAAACCACUCAACAAUGUGUCUGGGCCUCUGCUGUCAACAUAAGAGAUAAGUACAUCUAUGUCUCCCAACCCACACAGAGUCGGCUUCUUAUCAUUGACAUUCCAUCCCAGAAGGUGUUACAGGCUGUAUCAACAGAUCCUGUCCCAGUGAAAUUGCAAUAUGACAAGUCACAUGACCAAGUUUGGGUCCUUAGCUGGGGAGAUGUAAGGAAAAGGAAUCCUACUUUGCAGGUCAUCACUCAGGCAAGUGGAAGUGGAGACCAUCACACAAUCCAUACACAACCAGUUGGCAAACAGUUUGAUCGGGUGGAUGAUUUUUUCAUUCCUCCAACUAACCUCAUCAUCAAUCACAUCAGAUUUGGAUUUAUUCUUCACAAAUCAGAAGCUGUACUUCACAAAAUCGAUCUAGAGACUAUGGCCUACAUUAAAACAAUCAGCUUGAAAAACUACAGCUGCAUUCCACAAGCAAUGGCCUACACUCACCUGGGUGGCUAUUAUUUUAUUACUUGUUUGGCAAAUGGCUCAACUUCUCAGCCACAGAUCAUCUUAGACAGUGUUACUGAUUCUCUAAUCGGAUACAAUGAUGAAGUGUCAGGUAGUCCAUACAUCUCCCCUGAUGGGCACUACCUUGUCAGCACAGAUGAUGACAAGGGGUUGAUUAGAGUCCAGUCUAUUAGCUAUCGGGGUGAGAUCAAGUCUACAUUUAAUAUUACUACCAAUCUACACAUUGUUGAUGUGAUCUUUCAGCCAUCCUUCACAGAAGCCAACCAAUAUUACAUCUAUGCUAGUUCUCGUCUCCAAACAGAUCUGCUAUUCCUGGAGCUCUCCACAGGCCAUGUUAACAUCAUUAGGGGCGUAAAGGAUCCCAUCGAACAGAAUGACUGGCUGUGGAAUAACAACAACAGGGUAGUAGUAGGCAGUGGCCUAUUUGGACAGCACCUUGUUACCCCAUCAAAGGAUUCCCUGUUCAUCAUAGGUGCAAGACAAAACAAAUUGAACUGUGAGAUAUCCAACAUUAUACGAGGCAACACGAUUGUGUGGGUUGGGGAAGCAUGAGAGGCUACAGAGUGGAGCUUAUAUCCAUCCAAUGACCUUCUACACUGCUUUUAAGACAACUGUACAGUUAACAUCUGCAUUUUUUUACACUGAAAAGCAAUCUUAAUGUACACAACUAUGUUGCUGAACUUAACAGUGUUUUGAACAUUAUUAACGUGAGUGUUAGGAUGCAACUCUUAGUUGAAUGAUAAAUUAAUCCGUUAAGUGUUAACCAUUUUCGUUUUGUAAAUCACUUAAUGUCUAUCCCAUUUCUGCAAAAAAGAUGUAUAUUUUCUAUAACUUUUCACUGUGGACUACCAUAAAUGUGGAGUAAAAGACUAAAUGAGCAA